GUCGGAAAAAAAAAUAAUAUUAAAAAAGAGAAAAGCGGUGCGAACGAGCGCUCGAAACUGUUUUCCCUGAUCGCCGCCCACGCCUUCCCCCUCAGACGCAGCUCCUCGUCUGGUCCUCUUCCUCCUUCGCCCCCUCCUUGUCGUCUCCGCCCUUUGCCCUCGUCUUCCUCUCCUCCACGCAAACGUCGUCUCGCCCCGCUGCCGUGAAACCCCUCCGCUUAGGCCUUUGUUCUGCUCCUCACCACAUAUCGAGACGCGACCUCACCGACCUAGCCAUGGUGCUGAUCCCGGACGUCCUGCCGCCGAGCCUGCAGACGUGGACCGUGGCGGUCGUGGUGUGGAACCUGUUCCCCGUCUUCACCGGUGCGCAGUGGCUCACAGACUGGUACCCCAUGGGCAAGACCUCGAUUGACUCGCGCUUCAACAUCCCCGGCAAGAUUGCCUGGUUCACCAUGGAGGCACCAGGCUUCAUCACGCUGCUGUACAUCAUGUUCAACCUGCCUGACCAGCUGGGUCUGGACUGGCGCUCGCUGCCGACGUACAAUUGGCUCAUGGCCGGCCUGUUUGUGCUCCACUACCUGAACCGUGCCGUCCUUUACCCGCUCGUCCUGCAGCCCUCCAUAUCCCCCAUCCACCCGUUCGUGUGGUGUAUGGCUCUCAGCUUCCAGCUUUUCAACGCGACCUGCAUCGGCGGCUGGCUCGCCGGGUACGGUCCCACGACGGACGCCGAUUGGUCUGGCGCCCUGCCCCGCGUCACGAUCGGCUCCGUUGUCUUCUUCGCCGGCUUAAUCGGCAAUAUAUGGCACGACGACGAGCUGCGCGAGCUCCGACGGGAGAGCAUGAGACGCCAGAAGGCAGAGCUGGAGAAGAAGGCAAAGGAAGAGGGAAAGCCCGUCGAGCAGGUCAGGGUCGACAAGGUCUACCUUCUGCCGGAGAACGGCCUGUUCGCCUACAUUCUCUACCCGCACUACCUGUGCGAGUGGAUCGAGUGGGCAGGCUUCUGGAUCAUAGGCGGUCUCCACUGUGCGCCAGCGAGGUGCUUCUUCGUCAACGAGAUCACCACCAUGACUCCGAGAGCGCUGCAGGGCUGGCAUUGGUACGUGAAGAAAUUCGGCGCUGACAAGGUGGGAAGCAGGAAGGCCAUCCUGCCCGGUCUCUUGUAGCCUCCGGAAUCUCCUCUCUCUCUCACAUUCUUUCUUUUCUCUUCGCAGGCACCUUACCACCCUUUUCCGGGAGGAGAGACGGGGCUUAGCACGGCGUUGACUUUGACUGGCGAAACGCGUCGGAUACAGACGUAGAGAAUGAUGAACGAAGGUGUCUUGUUAACACAUAUAGUAUAGCCCAUCUUAGGCUUCGAAUGUGCAAAGCGCAUGCGUCAAGAUGUCAAUUGACUGCAGAUUCAUCU